AUGGAGUAUGGUCUUGUGCAGCGUCGUUCGCAUGGGGACGCUGUUGGUGGUAAUGUUAGUUACAGUGCUCAUAACGAGCGUGCUACUAAUGGUCGUGCUGGUGCUGAUCUUGUUGGUGACAGUGGUCGUGGGGGUCACGGGGCCCGUCUGAAGGCGGUUUCUUUUGAGUCGACUCAAAAGUCAUGUGACAGUGGUCGUGGGGGUCAUGGGGACUGUCUGAAGGCGGUUUCGUCGGUGUUUGGCCGCGCGUUUGAAACGGCAGCUCGCACUGCUGGCAUGAGGAACCUCAAGAUGUGGCAGUAUCAGGUAACGGAAAGGGCGUGUGAUGCGGGCAUGGCAGUGAUGCAUGUGGUGGCGCAAGGGGACGAGGGCGCGCAUGUGCGCACCGGCUUGCUCGUGGGCCAUCGAUUGGGGGAUGUGAGCCUUCUGGAGCUCACGGAUCAGGAGGAGACGCCUAGCACCACUCGCCCCACCACCCUCCAGCACCACUGGCCUGUGCUUCUUUCCUCAGGCAGCUCCAUUUCCACAUCCGGGCAGCGGGUCGCAACUUAUGAUCUGCCCAGGCCCCCUCCGCCUCCGGCCUUCUCAAGCUUGCACUCCCUCUUUCUGGGCUCGGAUGUUACGAGCAUACGCACGCUUCCUUGGGGCAGCAGAGCGAUUGGAGAUUCUGGUGUUGCUGCGGGCAGCUGUGCAGCCAUCACGACUCUAGGCACGGGGGGGCACCCGGCCCGUGUGUUGCUCGCUGCACUCGACGUCGCAGACUCUUCUGGUGGUGGUCCAACUCGUGGAGGCACAUCUGGUGCCAAUGGUGCCGCAGCUGGUGCUGGUGUUGCUAGCGCGGCUGGUGCGGGUGUUUCAAGAGGUGGUGGAAGUGGCAGGAGAGGGAGCAGCAGGCAGCGCCUUCUUCAUUGGCAAGUGGAGAGGCAGUUUGAGUUGCCGGGCAGCGUAUGGGCGUGUGAAUGCUCGCCGAAGCAAGGGGAGAUUGGAGUGGGCACGUCCCUGGGAUUGCGGCUGCUGCACGUGGAGACGGGGCAGAGGACAGUCCUGUGCCACAGCAACAGUGACGUGCUAGCGCUGCAGGUCACAGGGGAGGGCAGCACCUACCUGGCUGGUUUCCGCAACGGAGCCAUUGCCACCAUCGACAUGCGCGCACCCCUGCCCACCUCAGCCAAGCAGCUCCCACCACCGCCGCUCAGGCACCCAGCGGAUCGGAGGGGGCUGGGGGGUGGCAGGAGGGGCAAGAAGGGUGCAGCAGGGGAGGUGAAUGAGUAUUACUGCAGCCACCAGCGGGUCAUGCGCAUGCCUUCUGCUGUAUCUGGCAUGCAGGCAAUGAAGCAGAGUGAUUUCUACCUCUUCGCAUCCUCCUUUGAUGGAUCCUUGUUUCAAUGGGACCUCCGCUCUUCGGCGACGCCCCUACGCCAGUUGCAGGGCCACAGAAACUCGCACUUCCACCUGCCACUGCUGCUUGACCCCUCAGAGAACUUCAUAUGUGCACCUGGAAAUGAUUAUGAAGCUCGCAUAUGGAGUGUUUCAACUGGUGCCUUGCUGUCAGCGGCUCACCUCCCUGGUCAUGCUACUGCUGCUCUUUGGCCUUGUACAUCUGGUUCUGAAAAUGGUCUCGGAAGCUCUCCCUUAGAAUCACAACUAUCGCUUCUAUCUGGAACCGCAUCUCAGCAGCAGUCACUCAGCUCUCGCUCUCUCGUCGUUCCCAAGCUCGCAUGGCAGCAGCAGCAGCAGCAACGUCAACGGCAGAGAUUUCUCGGUUCGUCGACUGAAACGGCGGCUGGGAGGGCGACGACGCUGACAGCGACUUUGGCGUCGGAGAGCGAGGCCGCAAAGGCGGGCGCGACGCCAGCGAAUUCAGGAGAAUCGAGGCUCGCGAAGGUGCCCAUCGAGCGAAUCCGCAACUUCAGCAUCAUCGCGCACAUCGACCACGGCAAGUCGACCCUGGCGGACAAGCUGCUCGAGACGACGGGCACGGUGCAGGCGCGCGAGAUGAAGGAGCAGUUUCUCGAUAACAUGGAGCUGGAGAGAGAGCGAGGGAUCACGAUCAAACUGCAGGCAGCGCGCAUGCGGCAUGUAUCAAGGGUGGAUGGCAAGGCGUACUGUCUGAAUCUCAUUGACACGCCCGGCCAUGUGGACUUCAGCUACGAGGUGUCCCGCUCACUGGCUGCCUGCGAGGGAGCGCUGCUCGUGGUGGACGCGUCUCAGGGCGUGGAGGCACAGACGCUGGCAAACGUGUACCUGGCAAUUGAAGGGAACCUGGAAAUCAUUCCGGUGCUCAACAAGAUUGAUCUCCCAGGGGCGGACCCGGAACGAGUACGGGCGGAGGUGGAGGAGGUGGUGGGGCUGGACGCGUCAGACGCCAUCCUGUGUUCCGCCAAAGAGGGAGUGGGCAUUCAGGACAUCCUCGAGUCCAUCAUUGCCAAAGUGCCGCCCCCUGCUCCCACCAGAGACCAGCCCCUGCGCUGCCUCAUCUUUGACAGCUACUACGACCCAUACCGGGGGGUGAUAGUGUACUUCCGAGUGGUGGAUGGCGAGGUGCGCAAGGGCGACAGCGUGCGCUUCAUGGCGAGUGGCAAGCAGUACGAGGUGGACGAGCUGGGGGUGCUCUCGCCCACGCAGAUGCCUGUUGACUGCCUCUAUGCUGGCGAGUGGCAAGCAGUACGAGGUGGUGGACGACCUGGGGGUGCUGUCACCCGCGCAGAUGCCCGUCGAUUGCUUGUAUGCUGGCGAGGUGAGGCACUUGAUGCUGUGGUGGUGGUGAACAUGGGGAGGUGUGGGUGCUUGAGGGCAUACGCCAAGCAGUACGAGGUGGUGGACGAGCUGGGGGUGCUGUCGCCCACGCAGAUGCCCGUGGAUUGCCUCUAUGCUGGCGAGGGGGGGUAUCUCGCAGCGUCCAUUCGCCAAGUGGCAGACGCGAGGGUGGGAGACACAAUCACCCACGCAGGGGGAGCGGGCAAGGGUGGCCCACCGGCCAAGGAGGGGUUGCCCGGGUACAGGGAGGCGGUGUCGAUGGUGUUCUGCGGGCCAAACGUGGGGUAUCUUGCAGCGUCCAUUCGCCAAGUGGCAGAUGCGAGGGUGGGAGACACAAUCACCCACGCAGGGGGAGCGGGCAAGGGUGGCCCACCGGCCAAGGAGGGGUUGCCCGGGUACAGGGAGGCGGUGUCGAUGGUGUUCUGCGGGCCAAACGUGGGGUAUCUUGCAGCGUCCAUUCGCCAAGUGGCAGAUGCGAGGGUGGGAGACACAAUCACCCACGCAGGGGGAGCGGGCAAGGGUGGCCCACCGGCCAAGGAGGGGUUGCCCGGGUACAGGGAGGCGGUGUCGAUGGUGUUCUGCGGGCCAAACGUGGGGUAUCUUGCAGCGUCCAUUCGCCAAGUGGCAGAUGCGAGGGUGGGAGACACAAUCACCCACGCAGGGGGAGCGGGCAAGGGUGGCCCACCGGCCAAGGAGGGGUUGCCCGGGUACAGGGAGGCGGUGUCGAUGGUGUUCUGCGGGCCAAACGUGGGGUAUCUUGCAGCGUCCAUUCGCCAAGUGGCAGAUGCGAGGGUGGGAGACACAAUCACCCACGCAGGGGGAGCGGGCAAGGGUGGCCCACCGGCCAAGGAGGGGUUGCCCGGGUACAGGGAGGCGGUGUCGAUGGUGUUCUGCGGGCCAAACGUGGGGUAUCUUGCAGCGUCCAUUCGCCAAGUGGCAGAUGCGAGGGUGGGAGACACAAUCACCCACGCAGGGGGAGCGGGCAAGGGUGGCCCACCGGCCAAGGAGGGGUUGCCCGGGUACAGGGAGGCGGUGUCGAUGGUGUUCUGCGGGCCAAACGUGGGGUAUCUUGCAGCGUCCAUUCGCCAAGUGGCAGAUGCGAGGGUGGGAGACACAAUCACCCACGCAGGGGGAGCGGGCAAGGGUGGCCCACCGGCCAAGGAGGGGUUGCCCGGGUACAGGGAGGCGGUGUCGAUGGUGUUCUGCGGGCCAAACGUGGGGUAUCUUGCAGCGUCCAUUCGCCAAGUGGCAGAUGCGAGGGUGGGAGACACAAUCACCCACGCAGGGGGAGCGGGCAAGGGUGGCCCACCGGCCAAGGAGGGGUUGCCCGGGUACAGGGAGGCGGUGCCGAUGGUGUUCUGCGGGCUCUUCCCCAUCGACGCCGACCAGUUCCCCUCCUUGAGAGAAGCGCUGGAGAAACUGCAACUGAAUGAUGCGGCACUAAAGUUCCCCUCCUUGAGAGAAGCGCUGGAGAAGCUGCAACUCAAUGACGCAGCACUACAGUUUGAGCCGGAGAGCAGCAGCGCCAUGGGCUUUGGCUUCCGCUGUGGCUUCCUGGGUCUGCUGCACAUGGACGUGGUGCAGGUGAGGGGAGAUAGGCAUAGUGGCAUGCUGGCAUGGCACCCACAUUCUCCCUCCCUGCUUCCUCCUUGCCACACCUUACAGGAGCGACUAGAGCAAGAGUACGAGCUGUACCUGAUCACAACUGCCCCCAGCGUGGUGCACCGUGUGGUGAAGUGCGACGGGUUGCUCAUGCGUCAAGCACUCACAUUCUGCCUCCCUCUCCCCCUCUCCCGCACCUCUCAGGAACGCUUGGAGCGAGAGUACAGCCUUGAUCUGAUCACAACCGCUCCCAGCGUCGUGUACCGAGUGGUGAAGCGGGACGGGUCGGUGGUGGAGUGUUCCAACCCCGCUGACAUGCCGGAUGCCUCUGUGCGCACUGAGAUCCAGGAGCCCUACGUGCGGGAGCCCUACGUGCGGCUGGACCUCCUGGCCCCCAAGGAGUACAUCGGCACUCUCAUGGACCUGAGACAGGAGAGGCGGGGAGAGGCGGAAGAUGCUCCCUGGCAUGCCCGCUCCCUCCGCUCAUUGAGAGGUGGAAGAUGCUCCCUGGCAUGCCCGCUCCCUCCGCUCAUUGUUCUUCCAACCACCACCACCCCUCUCCAGCUGGACAUUCUGACUCCCAAGGAGUACAUCGGCACUCUCAUGGAUUUGGCUCAGGAGAGGAGAGGUGGAAGAUGCUUCCUGGCAUGCCCGCUCCCUCCGCUCAUUGUUCUUCCAACCACCACCACCCCUCUCCAGCUGGAUAUUCUGACUCCCAAGGAGUACAUCGGCACUCUCAUGGAUUUGGCUCAGGAGAGGCGCGGAGAGUUUGUGGAGAUGAAGUAUGUCACCGAGUCGCGCACCACUCUGUCCUAUGACACCCCUCUGGGCGAGGUGGUGGGGGAUUUCUUUGACCAGCUGAAGUCUCGCACCAAGGGUUACGCCAGCAUGGAGUAUAAAGUCAUCGGGUACCACAGAGGCAACCUGGUGAAGAUGGACAUUCAUGUUACAGCUCCUACCCAUACCGCCCCACCCCAUCCCCACCCACCCCAUCCCACCCCAUCCUGCCCCACCCCAUCCCACCCCACCCCGCCCCACCCCACCUCACUCCACUGCUUGUCCUGCAGGUACCGCAAGAGCAAUUUGGUGAAGAUGGACAUUCAGCUCAAUGGGGAAAUCGUGGAGCCGUUGUCGGCCAUUGUGCACCAGGAAAAGGUGCGCUCAGUGUUCAAAAUCCCCAUCCAGGCAUCCAUGCAUGAUGGUGUGCUGGUUGCAGGUGGUGACAUUUCCCGAAAGAAGAAAUUGUUGAAGAAGCAAGCAGCGGGGAAGAAGAGAAUGAAAGCGCUUGGACGAGUUGAGGUGCCUCAAGAUGCCUUCAUGGCUGUGCUUAGACUUGAGAAAGAAAGCUUGUGA